GAAGGGAUGGGCUGCGCCCCCAGCAUCCACGUCUCGCAUAGCGGUGUGAUUUACUGCCGGGACUCGGAGGAGUCCAACUCCCCCCACCAGACCACCACCAUCUCGCAGGGCACCGCCACCCUGCACGGCCUCUUCGUCAAGACAGACGCGGCCGACUCCAUCCCCUCCGUCCUCGCUUACCAGAGCCGGGAGCCGCCGCCCUCCGCCGCUCCCCGCCGCAAGGAGCGUAGGGAGUCCGGCGGUGCCUCCGCCCGGUCCAGGACGCCCCACUGCUGCAGCGUCGAGGCGGAGACCCAGACCAGCAGCUCCAGCGUCAAGCAGGCUUCAACUACAGAAGUACAAGUUGGGCCCAUGAGACUGACACAAUACCCAAUUCAGGUUUUGCUGAUCUUUGCAAAAGAAGACAACCAAAGCAAUGGAUUCUGGUGGGCUUGUGACAGAGCUGGAUACAGGUGCAAUAUUGCCUGGACUCCAGAGUCAGCGCUUGAAUGUUUCCUUGAUAAGCACCAGGAAAUAAUUGUUAUAGAUCACAGGAACUCCAGAUAUUUUGAUGCAGAAGAUAUCUGCAGGUCCAUUCGUGCUGUAGAGCCAUCAGAGCACACUGUAAUACUUGCUGUGGUUCCACGCAUAUCUGCUGACCAAGAAGAGACUUCUGUUCUUCCCCUUCUUGAUGCAGGCUUUGAUAGGCAAUUCAUGGAGAACAGCAGUGUAACUGCUUGUUACAAUGAACUGGUUCAAAUAGAACAUGGGGAAGUGCGAUCUCAGUUCAAAUUACGAGCUUGUAAUGCAGUGUUUACAGCAUUAGACCAUUGUCAGGAAGCUGUAGAAAUAACCAGUGAAGAUCAUGUCAUUCAGUAUGUUAACCCAGCCUUUGAACAGAUGAUGGGAUACCGCAAGGGAGAGCUUAUUGGCAAGGAACUUACUGAAUUACCUAAAAGCGAUAAAAACUGUGCCGAUCUUUUAGACAACAUAAACACAUUCAUUAAAAAAGGAAAGGAAUGGCAAGGAGUUUACUACGCAAAAAGAAAAUCAGGAGACAGUAUCCAGCAGCACGUGAAGAUAACACCUGUGAUAGGUCAAGGAGGGAAAAUAAGACAUUUUGUGUCCCUCAAGAGGCUGCAUUGUACCAAUGAAAACAACAAACAGGUCUACAAGAGUCACCAUGAAGAGAAGUACACAGGAGACAAUUCUCAGUCAGAAUCCAAUUCCUACAAAUGCAAGAACAGAAGGAAAGACUCAGUUGAUGUUAAGUCAAUAACAUCUCAAAGUAGUGAUGCAGCUCCAAGUUUACAGACCCGACGGUACUCUUCAGUGGCAAGGAUUCACUCAAUGACCAUAGAAGCUCCUAUCACAAAGGUCAUUAACAUAAUUAAUGCUGCCCAGGAAAACAGCCCCAUCACAGUAGCAGAGGCCUUGGACAGAGUUCUGGAAAUCCUGCGAACAACAGAGCUUUACUCUCCUCAGCUAGGUACCAAAGAUGAAGAUCCUCAUACAAGUGAUCUUGUUGGAGGUCUGAUGACUGAUGGCUUGAGAAGAUUGUCAGGAAAUGAGUAUGUGUUUUCUAAGAAUAUGAACCUGAGCCACAGUCACCUUCCAGUGCCAAAUACCAUCAGUGAUGUUCCACUCUGUAUUGCACAGCUCCUAGAUAACGAGGAAAGCUGGGACUUCAAUAUUUUUGAGUUGGAGGCUGUUACAAAUAAAAGGCCAUUAGUGUACUUGGGCUUAAAAGUUUUUGCCCGGUUUGGGGUCUCCGAGUUUUUAAACUGCUCAGAAGUAACGCUGAGGGCAUGGCUGCAGGUCAUUGAGGCCAACUACCAUUCCUCCAACUCCUACCACAACUCCACACACGCGGCAGAUGUCCUGCAUGCUACUGCCUUCUUUCUUGGCAAGGAGAGAGUUAAGGGAAGUCUGGACCAUUUAGAUGAGGUAGCUGCAUUAAUAGCUGCCACCAUUCAUGAUGUAGACCACCCUGGACGGACCAACUCUUUCCUGUGCAAUGCAGGCAGUGAAUUAGCUGUCCUUUACAAUGAUACAGCCGUAUUAGAGAGUCAUCACACAGCACUGGCAUUUCAGCUUACAACUAAAGACAGCAAAUGCAACAUUUUCAAGAAUAUCGACAGAAAUCGCUACCGGACAUUGCGCCAGGCCAUUAUUGAUAUGGUUUUGGCAACAGAGAUGACGAAGCACUUUGAGCAUGUGAACAAAUUUGUGAACAGUAUCAACAAGCCUAUGGCAUCUGAGGAGACCAGCCCACACAGCGAAGGCAGCGACACUGACUGUACAGCCAAUAUAAAGAAUUUUCCAGACAACCAGACACUGAUCAAGCGCAUGAUGAUUAAAUGUGCAGAUGUAGCAAAUCCAUGUCGCCCUCUAGAGCUGUGUAUCGAAUGGGCCGGGAGGAUUUCAGAGGAGUAUUUUGCACAGACUGAUGAAGAGAAGAGACAGGGUCUGCCUGUUGUAAUGCCAGUAUUUGACAGAAACACCUGCAGCAUCCCCAAGUCUCAGAUUUCCUUCAUUGAUUAUUUUAUAACAGAUAUGUUUGAUGCGUGGGAUGCAUUUGCACAUCUGCCUGUUUUGAUGCAACACCUGGCUAAUAACUAUAAGCACUGGAAAACACUGGAUGAUUUAAAGUGCAAGAGUCUCAGGCUUCCAUCAGAAAACAACAACUGAUACAAAAUCCAAAAAAAAAGACCACUUGCUCUGCCAGUUUCACUGUGAAUUACUUACGGACUCUUGGCU